CGCGCUCACCGCCUCCGCUGAGCCGCCACCUAGACGCCGCCUCCUGAAAUUGCGUUUUUUCCACCCUGGCCCCCGGCCUCCGCGGUGUCCGUGGAGGCCUGGCGCGGCCGAGAAUGGACCCGACCAUGGCCGCGCCCCGCGUAGCUCGCCGCAUUAAGUUUAGGCUUGAUGACGGCUCCUUGAUAGCUGACUCAAACCUUUUAGGUGUGGACGGAAACGGCAUCGUGCGUGUUGCUGUGGAGAGGUCCGUUGUUGACAGAAAUCUAGCCUCAGAGAAAGAUCUCGAGCGCCUCCAGCGGCUGCUCUCGCACCCCGAGCUGCCACAACUGCCUCAGCAGAAUGGAGGCUAUGAUGCACCGCCGACGAAGAAGGCGCGGCUGGAAGCGCGGCCAAGCCUCAGCGUUGGAGCAACCGAUUGGGUGGCCAAGUGCCGGGAGCUCAUUCAGCAGGUCAUUAAAGGGCUCAAGAAUGAUGCGGCCAUUUUCAUGAACCGCGUCAACGAGAAGGAGGUGCCCGACUACUACACGGUUGUGAAGAACCCGAUAUGGAUCAACCUAAUCAUUGAGAAGCUCGACCGGGGCGAGUACCCGACUGCACAAGAUUUUGCCGAGGAUGUUCGGCUGAUGUGGUCAAAUUGCAUGCUCUACAACCCGGUGAACACCCCGGUGCGCGUCAUUGGCGAAAAGGCCGAAAAGCGCUGGCGCAACGAGUGGGCCAACUCGGGUCUUGCGAGCGAGCGCACGAAACGGGCAACUGCUGGGGUUGCAGCGCCUAAGUAUGACCCCGAUUUUGAGCCCCCGGCGCCGAAGGUGACUACGGACCGGCCCACGAGAAGUGGCAAUGCGCAGAAGCGGCAGCCACCUGCAGCGCCGGCAGCAGCCCCUAGCAGGGGUGCGAACGGGGGGCGAGCUUACAGCCAUGAGGUAACGUCGGGUGGGAAAGGGCGAGAAAAGGCCUUGACGAAUGAGCGACGGAACCAGAUUGCUACCGAGCUGCAGAACGCGUUUGGAGAGCUAUCAGAAGAUCAGCUGAACGAGCUCAUGGGGCUGUUGCCGUCGGAGGCCAUGCAGCCUGACGAGUCGGGCGAAAUGGAGCUGGACUUUGAGGCCCUCGACGAUGCCAACCUGCGAAAGCUCGAAGCUUGGCUGCGGAAUGUGCGGGGGCAAGGACCUGUCUCGCCGUCACACAUUUCGCACAACCCCAGCGUCCGUUUGGAGGCGGCCGAUGUGGAUGACGAGGACUACCAUAGCGAUUGAGGCCGAGUCCAGCCCAAUUUUGUUGUCUUGCACGAUAGCAUCUGCUGUACAUUUACUUGCAGCAACUAGACAUUUCUAUGCUGUCGUGUGCUGAUUUGCACCUUGACUUCAGGGCAGGAACAUGCAUGGACUUAUGACCGCACAUGUCACUCGUAUCACUGAUGUUUUGACAUAUGACUUUGACGCUCUGGGUAGAACUAAUGCGCUCGGAUAUCUCCCGAGUAGUCUAACCUGCUUGUACAAGGGUGGGGGUUUUAACCGCUGCGGGUGUGCUAUGAAUGACUGGUUGGGCUGUUGACGGCGCUGGACCCGCUGCAUAUAAGCACUGUCCACAGCCCAAUCUGCGUUUGUCAUAUACUCGUAAAGGUACAUGUGCAGGCGAGCUGAUGCCGCUUGUAUUUGCGGUUCUAACGUAGUAACGGCUUGUUGAAACCGUGGAGCAUGCUGGAUGGAUGCUUUGACCAGGAGGAUGAGCGAAUGAGCGACCAAUUUAAGAUGGAAUGCGAGCUAGUGUCGUUUGGGUGCAUUUGAGUGUCCCCUGUUGUGGACAGCUAAUAUGCUGUUGCGCCGCCCGUAUAUGGUGAUCUCGAAACACGUUGACAUUGAACAGGGACUAGGUGCUCAAUGCAUUCAUUGUAAGGCUCCAAGCAGGGGUAA